AUGCAUCUCCUUGCGAUUCUGCUUUGGGCGCUCUGGUCGGCGGGGUUGGCCGAGAACUCGCAUGAUUACGAACUCAUGUAUGUGAACUUGGACAACGAAAUAGACAAUGGACUGCAUCCCACCGACGACCCCACGCCGUGCGACUGCGGUGCGGAGCACUCCGAGUGGGACAAGCUCUUCAUCAUGCUGGAGAACUCGCAGAUGCGGGAGAGCAUGCUGCUGCAGGCGACCGACGACCUGCUGCGCGGCGAGCUGCAGAGGCUGCGGGCCGAGAUGGGCCGGCUGGCGGGCAGCCUGGCCCGGCCGUGCGCACCGGCAGAGCCGACGGUGACCAGGCUGGCCGAGGCGCUGGCCGAACUGCUGCCGGCCAGCCGCGCCGCGGACCGCAGGCUGGCGCUCCUGGAGCACGCAGAGGCGCAGCGGCGGGAGGAAGCGGAGCGCGCCCUGGAGGAGCUGCGGCGGGCGCGGGCAGAGCUGCACGCCGUGCAGGGCUGGGCGGCCGCGCGCUGGCUGCCGGCAGGUUGUGAAACAGCAAUCUUAUUUCCCAUGCGUUCCAAGAAGAUUUUUGGAAGCGUGCACCCAGUGAGAUCCAUGAAACUCGAGUCUUUUAGCGCUUGCAUUUGGGUCAAAGCCACAGAUGUAUUAAACAAAACCAUCCUGUUUUCCUAUGGCACCAAAAGGAACCCCUAUGAGAUCCAGCUGUAUCUCAGCUAUCAGUCCAUAAUGUUUGUGGUGGGUGGAGAGGAGAACAAACUGGUUGCUGACACUGUGGUCUCCCUGGGAAGGUGGACCCACCUGUGCAGCACCUGGAAUUCAGCGAAAGGGAGCAUGACCUUGUGGAUGAACGGGGAACUGGUGGCUACCGCUGUCCACACGGUCCCAGGGCACGUGGUUCCAGAGGGAGGAAUCCUGCAGAUCGGCCAAGAAAAGAAUGGCUGCUGUGUCGGUGGGGGCUUUGAUGAAGCACUGUCCUUCUCUGGAAGACUCACAGGUUUCAAUAUCUGGGAUCGUGUUCUGAGCAAUGAGGAGAUCAGAGAGAGUGGAGGAGCAGAGUCCUGCCACAUCCGGGGUAACGUUGUUGGGUGGGGCGUCACAGAGAUUCAGCCACAUGGCGGAGCCCAGUAUGUUUCCUAA